GGAAGGGGGAGCUAUAGUGGGAGGGUGGGAAUGACAGCGCAGUACAGAGAGUUAGGAACAGGUGAGUCCAGGGGGCUCAUAGGUGCAUGCUGUUAAUAGUCCCCGAAGUGAUCUCUGUCUGUGUGUGGUCCCUAAAGCAUCCUGGGGUCUAAAGGUAUCAAUGCUUGGUUCUGUUCAAAUGCUUCCAAACAGCAUUGCUUUCUGCAGCCAAGUGUUUUUAUGGCAAGCUUAUCUCAGGCCACAGUGAAGCAUGGUAGUAGCUGCUUCCAUGUUUGAAAAUAAUUAUCCGAGACAAUACCUAGAAAUUAUGUAGUACUUUGCAAAAAUUAAAGGUCUAUGAAUGAAAAGAAGGGUAAUCUUUAUCCCACUUUACAGAUGGGGAAGGAUGGGACUGUGGGAGAAAGGAAGAAUGAUUUGCCCAACUCUACAGAGAGCGAAGAAGAAGAAGAAGAGACAUUCACAAUGUGGAAGAUGAAGUUUGGUUUAGGAAUUCAUCCUAAUGCCCUGGCAUAUUCCAUGACCACAUUAGGUGCUGGAAUGAUGAACAGUAUCUUUAAUUUCUAUUAUGUUAAACUUUUCUUAAACCAAUACAAGAUUUCAGAAGUAGCAUUUCAUCAAGCACAGGUAGUUUUUAUGAUUUGGAAUGCCAUUAAUGACCCUCUCUUUGGGUAUAUUCAAGACAACUCCAAAGUCCCAUGCUGCUCAAGACGUCAGUUUUCAAUUUUAUAUGGAGCACCAUUGUACGCUUUAGCUUUUCUACUUCCCUGGUUUCCUUGGAAACAUUAUCAGGAAGGUGAUUGGCUUAAUGGUCUUCACCUUAUUGUUGCUUUAUGUGCUUUUGAUGGCUUGCUUACAUUUGUGUUGCUAGCACAAUGUGCGCUUUUUGCAGAAAUUUCGACAAGACAUGAAAUUAGGCUUCAGCUUAUUAAAUAUAACCAAGUGGCAACAUUAGUUGGAUCAACCAGCAUUCUUUUUUGUGGUCUAAUAUCAGAUAAUAUGGAAAAUUUUGCCUAUUUUCAAACCUUUACUGUUUUGGUUGCAGGACUAGCAACUGCUUGUAUGUGUUACACUGGCUUAUAUAGCACUAGUCAGUAUGAACAGAGAGAAACGCCUGUGGAAAACACUAGCUUAGAAACUAAUGAUAAAGCUCUCUCCUGGUCUUCUGUAAUUUCAUUAACCAAACAGAUAAUGACACAGAAAAAUUUUAUACUUUUUGUGACCAUGAACUUCUUCCAAGUCUUCCACCUCGCCUUCUGCAACAAUUUCAUGAUGAUCUUUGCGGAUAAUCUCAUCCCUAGAGAUGUCCUUUCCUCUUUUAUAAGAAGCAUCAUAUAUGGGGCUGGCUUUAUUUGUCCUCAGUGCCUGGUGCUUCUCAGUCAUACUCUGUUGAAGAAGUUUGGUUAUUACAGGAUCAUCUUGUUUUCCUUUUACUUAGAAGGAAUAGCUGCAUUUGUUAUGCUUGUUCUAGGAAAAGAACACUACUACCUGCUAGCUAUUUAUCUUACAACAAACAUGGUAAUUGUUCAAGCGUCAUUCAGUUUGUUUAAUCUGCCCUUGGCAGAUAUUGUUGAUGCAGAUUUUAUAAAACACAAAAGCAGAUCACCACUUUCCUCAAUGGUUUUUGGUACCAAUGCUUUAUUUACUAAGCCUGCCCAGUCUUUGGCACCUAUGCUUGUGGUUACAAUACUAAAUCAAUUUGGAUAUGAGAACCUGAAUAAUAAAUUGUCUCCGCCUGAUCCAAGUUUGUUUUUAGGUCUUCAUGAUGCUAUGUUCUAUUUGAUCUGUCUGGUUCCGCUUUGCAUCGCAGUUAUACAGAUUCUUACCUGGACUCCCUUCUCCAUCCAGAACAGUCAUAUGACACCUGUACACUGAAUCUUUUAACAAUUGGUAUGUACAGGAAAGAUCUAGUUUUUGUGUUGAAUUGUACAAAGUAGAAUUAAUAUAUUUUAAAUGUGAAAAUGAGGAUUGUAUUUAAUGGACUACUAGACCAAAUGCAAUCUGAGCCAUUAUAUUAAAGAAGUAAUCUGAUGACUAUAAACAUAUCAUAAAGGUCUUCCAGCCUUAGCACACAGCCUAUUUGUAGCCCUUUCUAGUUCAAUGAGCAUACAUAAGGCAUUUGUGGGAAUUUUGGCAAACUCCAGGAGUCUCUACUGAGUAUACUGAAGAAGUGUCUUUACACACUCCAUCACUAAUAGGAUAAAAGCAUAUCUGUUAUGUACAGAUAUUACUGAAUUUUAAGGGGAGGCAGCAUGGUGUAAUGAAAU